AUUGGAACACGAUAUUAGAAGGCAGUCCGCGGUCCAUCCUGCCUGGGCUUUCUUUUUGCAGGGGCGAGCGAGGCGAGAGGAACGGUCCCAAAGUCGUGCUGCACUAUGGCAAGGCUGGUUCUCGCAGGGGCGCUGUGCGCUUUGGCCUUUGGCUUCCAGGCGGUCUUGACGCAAACGACUGACAUCAGUCUCCCACCUGAAGACCUGGACUCAUCGGGUGAUGAUGAUGACUCUUUCUCUGGCUCUGGUGCAGGUUCUUUGCUAGAGCAUCCUGUGAUUCCCCGGACUGUUGCAUUACAAGGAAGCACAAAUGCAUCAAUCUCUGUAGUGUCGGCUCAUGUCCCAAGUCAGCAACCUGAAGUUCAGACAGCAGACAGCCCUAUAGAAGACAAUGAAAGAGUACCUGUAUCCCCAACAAGCACCCCUGUACUCCAAACAAGCGAUCUGGUGACUGACAAGCCAGCAGUACCUAUUGGAGAUGAGAUGGGCUCACUUGCUGAGCAAGCUACAACAAGGUCAGCAGCUACAACAAGGUCAGCAGUUGUAACGACAAAAAUCCCAGUGACUCAUCAUAUUUCCACAGUCAGAAUCACAACCUCUCAAGCCUCUAGCACAGUCAGAGUUGCUGAGCCUGAAAUCCAUCCUGAUCACCCUUAUCUAUCUAACAGUGAUAAAGAAGUGACUAUUCACACUGUGUCAACGAGUGAGACUAGCUUGGAUGCUCCCAGUCCCACUACAAGCAUCACUAUUCUUCAUAAUGAUAUCUUUUCUCCUCUGCCUGAAGAAGAUAUUUUAUCACCUGAAGAUGGUUCUGGUGAUCAGGGUGACUUCACAUUUAACCUACUUGAUGACAAAAUAGAAGCAAAGGGAUCUGAACCAGAGAACAGAGCAGGGGAUACAGGAACACAUGAUGCAAAAUCUGCAGGAAUAAUGGAUAGGAAAGAAGUUCUAGGAGGGGUCAUCGCUGGUGGAUUUGUAGGCUUGCUGUUUGCUGGAUUUUUAGUUGGGUUCAUGCUGUACAGAAUGAAGAAAAAAGAUGAAGGAAGCUAUUCAUUGGAUGAACCAAAACAAUCAAAUGGGGGUUAUCAAAAACCACACAAACAAGAAGAAUUCUAUGCAUGAACUAACUGAACUUAAGGACACUUUUGCUUGAAUUUCUCUUCUGUCCCUGGACACCAUGAGUUCUCACUGCGUUUAAAAGGGGGGGAAACUAAAAGCCAUAAGACUGAGUUAAGCCUCUGCCUCCUUGCCAUUGGGAACUUCUAGAUUUUUUCCAAAGUCAACCUGGAUUAAUACGCUAACCUGCUUUCUUGCACAAUUACCUGUAAAGCUGGGACAGAGGAACUGCCUUUGUCUUAUCUAAGGACUCCUUAGGAGAAAUAAGGAACCAAUUGUAAAUAGUCUUGACAUCCAGAAAAAUGUCAAGAAAUUAGUAAGGUAUAACUUGUGUAUAUUAAAGACCUCCUUCCCCAUCCUUUAUUUGCCACAAGUAUGUGUGUUUUUUUAAAGGCUAUUGUGUGGCUUUCAACUGUUCUUCCUUUGAAUAACACGAAGUCAUUGUAUUGAAGCUGAACAUGAAAGUGGUACGAGAGGGAAAGACCUCCAGUAACAAUGAUCUGUCCAAAAUGGUGGAGAUCUUAAACCAUGGCUCGUACCAGGUUAGAAGUUAGAUCCCUCCAGCAUUUGAGGGCAGAAAUCUUAUAUACACUGUUUCACAUCCUGAAGCAGCAUAGAGAUGACGCCUGGGGAUUGGGUAUAUGAGAAGUACAUGCUCUCCCAAUUUCUUUUGGUCUUACUGACUGUGUUGGGAUCUGUUUGCUGUGUACAGAGCGAUGUAGGAGUCCCAGGGCCACCAUUUAUCUACCUCUUCUGCAUCGAGUUUUUCAUAGCAGCUACUUCUCCACUUGGUUUCCCAACUUCUCUCCACCAUCUAGUACCUAGAAAGAAUGCUGGGUGUAACAUGCAAUGUACAGGAUGGAGCAUGUUAAAGGGUAAUGAGGACUCCGGCGCCUGCCAAGUCCCAUGGACUAGAAUCCUAUUAGAUUGGUGUUUUUUGUAGUAUGAAUUCUGUGAGCAUAAGCUCGAAAUGCAGAGCCUAGGGGAGUUAGCAUCUGUUAUGUACCUGGCUGUCUUUUAUCUUGAUCCAACCUGUGCUAGAGCAUUAACGAAGUUUGAAGAUCAAAUGUCUUUAGAAGCUAUUCCGUGUAGAAGAGGGAGUUAAUGAUGUUGUGUGCCUUCAUCUCCUUUGAGCCCAAAAGGUAAAGUGGAGUUUUGCUGGGCUGUCUAUUAAUGGGACCAAAUCAAUGAAUGUCAGCACUUCCAAAGCAGUAUUUAAACAUUGUUUUUAAGUACACUGUAUACUGGAUGGGGGAGGAGGUACUCUUUUGGAAACAGGUAGCUGAUAUAGAGUAAAUAAAUAUAGAUGUAUGACUUCUGUAAUGUACAGGAUGAUAUGGCUGUGAAUGGUCUAUGCCAAACAGCUUCUAUAAAGACUUUGGGGUGGUUGUUUUUUUUAGAGAAAACACAUCUACCAUAUCUUAGUUCACUAUUUACACUUGUUAGCUUGCAAGGCACUUUUGUUUCUAACAAAGGUGUAGGCAAAAGGAUGAGUUUACAGUGAGGCAUUGUAAAUAUAUAGUGCCAUGCUUGGGGUUGUGGGAGGGGUGGGGAACAAUACAUCUUUCAGAUAAACCAUAACUGUGUUAGUUGCCAAUUGGUUGGUCACAUCUUUCCUUGCCAAAAAGCCCUUGAUAUUUGUUAAAUAGCUGGGUUAAAACUCUUUUUUGGUGUUUAAACAUGGCUGGCUCUUCACUUUCAAUACAAAGCAAAUAUCCAUAACUGCCUUUUUACAAUGAGGUUUUAAGUGUCACUGGGUCUUUUUUAUCUGUGAGAAGACAUUUACCUUAUUGGAAUUAGGAAACGCUACUGUUGGGUAAGUAACAAAAACUAGUGGGUUUUUAAUGGUCAAGUGGAAACUAGAAUCCUGUAUCUUUAAAUGAUGCAAAUGAAUUGCUAAUUGCCAAAUGCAACUACUUCAUUUUGGUUCUUUUUGUAUUCCAUAAACAUACACAUGCAAUAAAAAGGCAGUCUGCCAAAUUAAAUUGU